CGUGGCCAGGGCGCAGAGGGCACCUGCUGCCCCCCAAGCUGCCACAGCUCCCCUUCCCCACAGGCGUGGCAGACUAGGCAAGCAGCAUGGCCGAGCAGGAGCCCACGGCGGAGCAGCUGGCACAGAUUGCUGCCGAGAAUGAGGAGGAUGAGCACUCGGUCAAUUACAAGCCGCCCGCGCAGAAGAGCAUCCAGGAGAUCCAGGAGCUGGACAAGGACGAUGAGAGUCUGCGAAAGUACAAGGAGGCCCUCCUGGGCCGAGUGGCCGUCUCUGCUGACCCCAGUGUCCCCAAUGUCAUUGUGACCCGCCUGACCCUGGUGUGCGGCACUGCCCCUGGCCCUCUGGAGCUGAACCUGGCUGGAGACCUGGAGAGUUUCAAGAAGGAGUCCUUUGUGCUGAAGGAGGGGGUGGAGUACCAGAUAAAAAUCUCCUUCCGGGUAAACAAAGAGAUUGUGUCGGGCAUGAAGUACAUCCAGCACACCUAUAGGAAAGGCAUCAAGAUUGACAAGACCGACUACAUGGUGGGGAGCUAUGGGCCCCGGGCCGAGGAGUAUGAGUUCCUGACGCCCAUGGAGGAGGCGCCCAAAGGCAUGCUGGCGCGUGGCAGCUACAACAUCAAGUCCCGCUUCACAGACGACGACAAGACAGACCACCUGUCCUGGGAGUGGAACCUCACCAUCAAGAAGGAUUGGAAGGACUGAGGCCUAGUCCCCCUCCCCCCCUCCCCUCCCCAAACCAAAGUGCUGACAGGCCCCCUCCCUCCUGGCCCCGUGGCCCGGCCUCGGCUGUGGUCAUGUACUCAGUGUCUCGUGGCUGCUUCUGCCUGUGCUGUCCCCAGGUCCUGCCUGCUUGCUGGCCAGAGGGGGUGGAGGGGCAGGCUCCGCCUCUCCUGGACCCGGGACUGUCGGUCACCUUGUAACCAUGAUGCCUUAACGUGUGGAGUGUGUGCGGGGCCCUGGCUGAGCACUCACCCAGUGUCUGCAUGAGCAUGUGGCCCUGCCCCGUCUGUCCUCCACACCGGAGGUGUCCAGGCCUGAGGGCCGCUCUGUGGCUUGGGGAAAGCCAAAUCGCCAAAACUCAAGCUGCUCUGGUCUGUCCCAGCAGGGCCGGCGGCCGAGCCUUGGCUGGCCUGCCUGGCCUGGCCCGGCCUGUCAGUAUUUAUUGUUCCCACGUGUGCUGUCCACUGGGUCCGCCCUGGCCUGCCCUCUGCCACCUCCACCUGGCUCUCAGUGCCACCACCCACAAGCAGGGUCCUGCCCUUCCCCAGACCCAGCCGGUACAGCCAGGGACCAAGCACGGAGUUCGGAGCCUUCUCCUGUGCCCCCCUCCCCCUGCCCUGGUCGUGGUGUUGUGUCUGCUGGUGUCUCAGCCUGAGACUGCGGAGAGCCCACUCCUGUUCCCCCUCUGACUGGGAAUAAAUUCCCCCAAAGGAGCCCA